CAGCAGCGAAAGGAGCCAGUGUAAAACGGCCUUCUGUCCGCACGGUAUCGAAUAUUAUCAAAGUGCCUAUAUAUAUACACACACGAUUUACUGAUCAAACGAGUUGAAUCGAUCGAAACAAAAUUUUUUUUUCCUCCAAACAAUUUUUUAAUUAACGAUUAAUAAAUUUCAUUUCUUUUUGUUUUUUCAUUUUCAUUUUCGAAAAAUUAAUUUUCCACAGAGAGUGUUUGGAGAAAAUUAUACAUAUAUAUAUAUAAAGUUUUUAAAUGUGUGACGUGUAUAUUCACUGACAAAGACAACUGUCUUGGAUAUAAUCAAGAACUGAGAGAGAGCAGAAAGUCUUUUUCUCUCUCUCUCUCUUACUCUCUCUGUCUGCGUGUGUUUAUUGUGUCUUUGUAUUCGUUUGUCAAUUACUUGACCCGACACAAGUUCAAAAGCCGCGGAUCCAUUUGAAAAGGAAACAAAAGUUGAUUCAUAAUCGGAGCAAAGUGAAUGGAUAAAAGCGUUUGAAGCUUGGCGGACAAUUUGUUGAUUUUUCUCGACAAAAGAAAAACAAAACCACAGCCCGUAACCGAUGAGUGUUAGAUUGACAGGUGGCCAUAUGGUGAAGCAGAGGAGGUUUAUCGGCAAUACAAACAAUAAGAUGAUCAAUAUACGGGAACAUUUAUAAUCCAACAAGUGCAUGAGCACGUGAUAUGUAAUUGAAAGAACCUGAAGGUCUGAAAAAAACCUCACAACGCUGAAUGCGUUCCUGCAUUCGUAAGAUACCAAUUAAUGCAGACUGGCAGUUCUCUGCUGAUUUAUGUUUUGCAGGUAUUGAAUAUAGGUAUUCCAAAAAAAAGAAUUUGCUGAAUCAAUAUUGAUCCAGCAGUGAUUACUUGUGAUUUAGUAAGUUUCCCAUAAACUUUGGACGUGCUGUUUUUUUACACAGGUUUUUAGAUUUAUACUUAAAUGCGAAGAGACUUAAGCAGGAAAUAAUUUUUAAAAAAAAGCCAAAGGAAUCAGUGAUAUUUUUUCAAUUUUUAUUCGUUGUUUUAUUCUAUAAAGAAAGGAGAGGACGAGAUAAGGAGAAUUAAUAAUUUAUAUAUUUAGAAAUACGAAAAACCAACUUGUGAUCUGAUUGAAAAAUAGGAAUUUGGUUAAAGGAGAGAAAACAUUGUGAAUGCGCCUUGGGCGCUAAAUUUAAACCGGAUAUAUUUUUUCAACUUUUGUGCCGUCAAGGCAGAGUUUCUUCAUAAUGAGUUGUUAACUGAGAAUGCGCGAUGACACAGCGAAUUUAUCAGUGGUCCUCGAAUCCUCUCGAGACUCAUCCACAGGAUAUCCAAAUGGAACCCCACAAGACAAACUCAAAACGACCAGAAAAAAUCCACUCGAGGUACACACAACGAGACAAGGACAAGGCUAAUGGAGAAGUGGAAUAUAUGCUACAAGAAAAUGGAGAACCAAUUGAAUUCGUGCCCCCUCAAACCAAAGAGGAGAAGGUCGUUCCUGCAGCACCUACACUACCGCCCGUACCUUAUUACAGACUAUUUCGAUUUGCAACAUUUGGGGAGCUGAUGCUUGUGUGGGGGGGUCUCUUUAUGGGAACCCUCACUGGACUUUGCAUUCCCAUUUCUACCAUUCAGUAUGGAGAGUUCACGACAUUAUUAGUUGAUCGUAACAAUGAAAAUGAAACAAGUACCGAGACUAUUAUUAUGGAAUGGUUUGGAGGAGGAAAAAUUUUAUACGCAAAUGCAACAUACGAAGAACGCAUGGAUGCCUUAUAUGACGAUUCAGUGGCUUUUGGAGUAUCGUGCGCAGCAUUAUCAUGCUUUCAAUUUGUUUUUGCAAUUUUCACUGUUGAUUUACUCAAUAUUGCUGCAUCGAGACAAAUCGCAAGAUUGAGAAAAAUGUUUCUUCAAGCGGUUUUAAGACAGGACAUGGCGUGGUAUGACACUAAUACAUCGACAAAUUUCGCCAGUAGAAUUACUGAAGACUUGGACAAAAUGAAGGACGGCAUAGGCGAAAAACUUGGUAUCUUCACAUACCUAAUGGUCUCAUUUAUUUCAUCGAUUAUAAUUUCAUUUAUUUACGGUUGGAAAUUGACCCUCGUCGUAUUGAGUUGUGCACCGGUGAUUGUGAUUGCGACGGCAAUAGUGGCGAAGGUGCAGAGUUCCCUGUCCGCCUUGGAAUUGGCGGCCUACGGUCAAGCGGGAACUGUCGCCGAGGAAGUGCUGGGCGCAGUGCGAACAGUGAUUGCAUUCAAUGGCGAGCAGAAGGAGGUCGACAGGUACUCGACGAAAUUGAUGCCAGCCGAGAAAACUGGCAUUAAACGGGGAUUAUGGUCGGGCGUUGGAGGCGGCGUUAUGUGGUUCAUCAUUUAUUUGAGUUACGCCCUCGCCUUUUGGUAUGGCGUUCAAUUAAUUCUCGAAGACCGCCCGAAGGAAGUCAAGGCAUACACGCCGGCAGUUCUUGUCAUUGUAUUCUUCGGUGUUCUCGCCGGUGCGCAAAAUAUGGGUCUCACUUCACCCCAUCUUGAGGCAUUUGCUGUUGCCCGCGGUUCAGCUGCUGCCAUUUUUCAGGUACUGGAUCGUGUACCGACAAUUGACAGUCUAAGUAAAGAGGGUCAAAAAUUGAGAAUGGUAAAUGGAGAGAUUGAAUUCAAGGACGUACACUUUCGAUAUCCUGCUAGAAAAGAUGUCAAAGUACUUCAGGGUUUGAAUCUCAAGAUCAAACACGGUGAAACCGUCGCUCUCGUUGGUGGUUCAGGAUGUGGAAAAUCUACGUGCCUUCAACUCAUUCAGAGACUUUACGAUCCUCUUCAGGGACAGGUAUUUAUUGACGGUGUCGAUAUCGGAAAAAUGAAUGUAAAAUGGCUUCGUUCGCAUAUUGGUGUUGUCGGUCAGGAACCAGUUCUUUUUGACACGACGAUACGCGAGAACAUCCGUUACGGAAAUGACAGUGUUACCGAGGAGGAGAUGAUUAAAGCCGCGAAGGAAGCAAACGCGCACGACUUCAUCAGUAAACUGCCAGAGGGCUACGAAAGUCAAGUGGGUGAAAGAGGUUCACAAUUAUCAGGAGGUCAAAAGCAAAGAAUAGCAAUAGCACGUGCACUGGUCCGCAAACCGGGAAUUUUGCUUUUGGAUGAAGCGACAUCGGCUUUGGAUUUGCAUAGCGAGGCUACUGUUCAACGUGCUCUGGAUGCUGCGGCCAAAGGACGCACAACUGUCGUCGUCACUCACAGACUCUCCACAAUCACCAAUGCCGAUAGAAUUGUCUUCAUCAAGGAGGGACAAGUCGUCGAAAUGGGCACUCACGAGGAACUCAUGAUUCUUGGCAAACAUUACUAUGGCCUUGUCUCCGCCGACGCUUCAGCCAUCGCUAAAGCUAAAGCAACAGCAUCAGCUGCAAAAACUGUCACUGCCACCAAACCUGUGAAGCCGAAACCCCCAUUAAAGAAACAAUUUUCAACACUAUCGAUGCACUCUCAUCGUUUGUCUUUAGCUGGCGGAUCAGAUACAUCAGAGAUUCAAUUAGAGGAACAUGAAAAGCCGUAUGAUGCACCUCUGAUGAGAAUAUUCAACCUAAACAGACCUGAAUGGAUUUACAAUGUGAUUGGAUGCCUAGCAGCAGCCACAGUGGGCGCAUCAUUUCCAGCUUUCGCCGUUCUCUUCGGCGAGGUCUACGGCGUCUUCACCGAGAGGGACGAGGCAAUGGUCCACUAUCGAACCGUCAACUACUCAAUUCUCUUCAUCCUCGUGGGCAUAUUCACCGGGAUCGGCACCUUCCUCCAAAUGUACACUUUCGGCCUAGCCGGCGUUCGAAUGACAACAAGAAUUCGUUCAAUGACAUUCGCCGCAAUGCUCAAGCAAGAAAUGGGCUGGUAUGACGAGGACACAAACAGCGUCGGUGCACUUUGCGCGAGAUUAUCAUCGGACGCAUCAGCUGUUCAGGGUGCAACUGGCAGUCGAAUUGGAGCAAUUCUUCAAGCCCUGUCGACAUUGGUGCUUGGAAUUGGAAUCUCCAUGUACUACACUUGGAAAAUGACUCUGGUUUCGGUUGUGUCAAUUCCAAUGGUUCUGGGCGCUGUGUUCUUUGAGGCGCGCAUCAUGAGUGGUCAGGGUCUGCAGGAGAAGAGGAAAAUGGAGUGCGCCACGAGAAUUGCCAUCGAGGCGAUAUCGAAUAUAAGAACGGUGGCGAGUUUGGGUAAAGAGGAGGCAUUCCUGACGAGAUAUUGCGUUGAGUUGGAUCAUGUGGCGAGGGCAACGAGAAUUAAGAAUCGACUUAGGGGUCUGGUUUUCUCGUGUGGUCAAACUACGCCCUACUUUGGCUAUGCUCUGAGUCUCUACUAUGGAGGUUAUCUGGCGGCACGCGAAGGUCUCGCCUAUGAGAAUGUCAUCAAAGUUUCUGAGGCCUUGAUUUUUGGAUCUUGGAUGCUUGGCCAGGCUCUUGCCUUCGCUCCCAAUUUUAAUACGGCGAAAAUUUCGGCUGGACGAAUCUUUAGACUGCUUGAUCGUGUGCCGGAGAUUAUGACUCCACCGGAGUAUGACGAGAAGGACAAGGAUUGGAAAGCGGAUGGACUGAUACAGUUCUCAAAAGCUGAAUUCUACUAUCCAACGCGGCCCGAGAUGCAAAUUCUCAGGGGUCUGAAUUUGAUUGUGAAGCCAGGUCAAAUGGUAGCGCUGGUCGGUCAGAGCGGUUGCGGUAAGUCCACUUGCAUUCAACUUCUGCAAAGGCUCUACGACCCGCUUACGGGAACUAUAACUAUGGAUCGCCGUGAUAUAUCGUCCGUCUCACUUCCCAUUUUACGUCGACAACUCGGCGUUGUUGGUCAAGAGCCGGUGCUCUUUGAUCGAACGAUUGCCGAAAACAUUGCCUACGGUGCCAAUGAUCGAUAUGUGCCAAUGGACGAAAUUAUCGAAGCUGCGAAAAAGUCAAAUAUUCACAGUUUCGUCAGCUCUCUACCUUUGGGUUAUGAUACGAGAUUAGGUACCAAGGGAACUCAACUAUCCGGCGGGCAAAAGCAACGAAUCGCUAUUGCACGUGCUUUGGUCAGAAAUCCUCGAGUUCUGCUGUUGGAUGAAGCCACUUCUGCGCUUGAUACACAAAGUGAAAAGGUGGUGCAAGCUGCCUUGGAUAAAGCAAUGGAGGGAAGGACCUGCAUAACCAUCGCUCAUCGAUUGGCCACUAUAAGGAACGCUGACGUGAUUUGUGUCCUGGAAAAAGGAACCGUCGCCGAAAUGGGAACACACGACGAUCUCAUCGCAGCCGAUGGCCUCUACGCUCAUUUGCACAAUCUUCAGGAAACUGCCAUGGAAGGGUAAAAUCAUUGCGGUUCACAAACAAAAGUUUUUUUUUUUCUUCAUCUCACCAAGAAAAUGCGGAAAAAUAUUUUUCUCACUCUAUUUUUUAACAUAUCUGUCUCUCAUUUAACUCUAUAGAAAUUGAUUGCCCGUUAAAAAUAUGGAAAAAAGAUUUUUUGUCCGAAAAGAGACAGAAAAAAAAAUUCCCCCCCCCCCCUCUUCUUCCUCUGUCCUUGAGUAUAUAAUUAGGAAAUGUAGAAAUCCCCGGUAAUUAUAAUUUUUUUUUAUUAUUCCCUGUUAUUCCCGAUAAUUAUGCUUUUGAAAAGCUCUCGGGUAUAAAAGUUUUUUUGGGGGCCAAUCUGAAAAUAUUGUUUUAUAAAACUUCAGUGCCUUCACAAAUUGAUAAAAAAAAUAUUUAUAUUUGUUAU